UCGUUUCCUCAGGUGGUUGCAGCAGCAGCAGCAGCAGCAGGACGGAGGAGUGUGACGGGUCUGUCUUUGAGCUCCAGGCCUCAGAUCAUGGGGGAAUAAAACCUCAUAACUUGAUAAAUAUCUGACUGAAGCCUUCAGCUAUGAGGAGCAGUGAGGAGACACAGGAGAGGGUCUCUGCUGGAUGUUUCUGACUCUGUGGAUGAAGUCAAGGUGUGGCUGCUCUUCCUACCUGAGGCUGCCUCUCAUUUAAAGUGUUGCUGUAAAGUGUGUGUUUGUUGUGAAGCUCACAAUGCCGGAGCUCAUCACCGUGACUGAGUUCAUUGCGGAGACUAAUGAGGACUACAAAGCUCCCACCACCUCCAGCUUCACCACCAGGAUGGUCCACUGCAGGAACGCAGUGGCAGCUCUGGAGGAGGCUCUGGACGUGGACCGAUCGGUUCUGUACAAGAUCAAGAAGUCGGUGAAAGCCAUCAACACGUCUGGUCUGGCUCACGUGGACAAUGAGGAGCAGUACAUCCAGUCCAUGUCCAAGUUCGGAGACAACUGUGUCUCCCGGGAGGACGCCGAGGUCGGUUCCGCCUUCCUCAAGUUCGCCGUUUUCACCAAAGAGCUGACGGCGCUCUUCAAAAACCUGCUGCAGAACAUGAACAACAUCAUCACCUUCCCUCUGGACAGCCUUCUGAAGGGAGACCUGAAGGGAGUCAAAGGGGAUCUGAAGAAGCCGUUCGACAAAUCCUGGAAGGAUUACGAGACCAAAGUAGCGAAGAUCGAGAAGGAGAAGAGGGAGCACGCCAAGCAGCACGGCAUGAUUCGCACCGAGUUCAGCGGAGGAGAGAUCGCCGAGGAGAUGGAGAAGGAGAGGCGACUCUUCCAGCUGCAGAUGUGUGAGUAUCUCCUGAAAGUGAACGAGAUCAAGGUGAAGAAAGGCGUCGACUUCCUCCAGAACCUCAUCAAGUUUUUCCACGCUCAGUGCAAUUUUUUCCAGGACGGCCUGAAGGCUGUGGAGACUCUGAAACCCUCCGUGGAGAAACUGGCAACGGAACUGACGACGAUUAAGCAGAGUCAGGAUGGAGAGAGGAAACAGCUGAUUCAGCUCCGAGACGUCCUGAAGGCGUCUCUGCAGUCUGAGCAGAAAGAGGACGCUCAGGCUAAACAGAACGCCGGUUACAGCCUCCACCAGCUGCAGGGCAACAAGGCUCACGGCACCGAGCGCUCCGGAGUCCUCUACAAGAAGAGUGAGGGACUGAGGAAGGUGUGGCAGAAGAGGAAGUGCUCGGUGAAGAACGGCUUCCUGACCAUCUGCCACGGCACGGCGAACAGACCUCCAGCCAAACUCAACCUGCUCACCUGCCAGGUGAAGAGGAACCCCGAGGAGAAGAAGAGCUUCGAUCUGUUCUCACACGACAGGACGUAUCACUUCCAGACCGAGGACGAAGCCGAGUGCCAGGUCUGGGUGUCGGUGCUGCAGAACAGUAAAGAGGAGGCGCUGAACAAUGCGUUCAAAGGCGACCAGGACAAAGGAGAGAACAACAUCAUCCAGGAGCUGACGAGGGCCAUCGUAGGAGAGGUGAAGAGGAUGAGCGGCAACGACGGCUGCUGCGACUGUGGGGCGCAAGGUCCCACAUGGCUGUCCACCAACCUCGGGGUGCUGAUCUGUAUCGAGUGCUCGGGGAUCCACAGGGAGAUGGGGGUCCACUACUCCAGGAUCCAGAGCCUGGACCUGGACGUCCUGGGCACCUCCGAGCUGCUGUUGGCGAAGAACGUGGGAAAUGCCAGCUUCAACGAAAUCAUGGAGGCAGAUCUGGCGGCGCAGGACGUCACCAAACCUAAUCCGACCAGCGACAUGCAGAUGAGGAAGGACUACAUCACAGCCAAGUACACAGAGAAGCGUUUCGUUCGGCGGCUUUGUGCCGACGCCGCGUCCAGACUGCAGGUUCUGUAUGAGGCCGUCAGGAACAGAGACAUCGUGUCUCUGAUCCAGGUCUACGUCGAGGGGGUGGACCUGAGGGAGGCCAUCCCUCAACCCAACGAACACGAACCUGGAGAGACGGUGCUCCACCUGGCGGUCCGGAUGGUCGACAGAAACUCCCUCCACAUCGUUGACUUCCUCGCCCAAAACAGUGGUAACCUGGACACGCAGACAGCCAGAGGAAGCACGGCGCUGCAUUACUGCUGUCUGACGGACAACAGCGAGUGUCUCAAACUGCUGCUGAGAGGAAAAGCUUCAGUGUCCAUCACAAACGAAGCGGGAGAGACGCCGCUGGACAUCGCCAAACGCCUCCGACACACUCGGUGUGAAGAACAGUUGACUCAGGCUCAGACGGGAAAGUUUAACGUCCAUGUUCACGUUGAGUACGAGUGGCGUCUCCAGCAUGACGACAUGGACGAGAGCGAGGACGAGAUGGAGGACAAGCCCAUCCCGAACCGGCGAGAGGAGCGUCCGGUCAGCUGCUUCGUCCCGGGCAGCGGCCCCAUGCAGCCCAACCUGGCGGCGUUGGCUCGGGACGCCGCCUGCCUGGCGCGGGACAAACAGAGGUCUCAGGUGCCCAGCAUGAUGAUCAGCAACGAGACCUACGGCACCAUGCUGGACCUCAACCUGCCGCCACCGGGACCGACGCCCCCGCUGCCGCCCAGAGGACCCAACAGAGUUUCAGGACACGGUAAACCUGUUGCCAUGGAUACAGUAGGAAGACAGCGGUCGUCCUCCGACCCCCCCAACCCUCAAACCCCAGAGAGGAACUCCUCCAUGUACGUGCUCCCAGUAGCUCCUCCUCCUCCAGUAAACAAGAGGUCCAGCAUGUUGGAGACCAAGACCCAGUCCGCCAGGAACACCCCCCUCCCUCCUCUGCCUCCCCCACCAGCAGCAGGACUCCCUCCAAUCCCCCCAGCACCGACCAUCCCACCACCACCCCACUACAAAGCUCCGCCCCAGCCACCACCAGUCCCCCUUCACCAGACCAGUAAACCACCAGUACCACCAGGACCACCAGGACCACCAGGACCACCAGGACCACUAGGACCACUAGGACCACUAGGACCACUAGGACCCAAGUCCCCCAAAUCACCCACUGGAUCAGUGAAACUUCCUCCACAGAGACCUCCUCUCAGGACCGCAUCUGUGGACAAACGAGGGUCACAGCCCAAAUCCCCACAAAGCUCGGGUCCUCCAACACCCAAACCCAGAAGCACCUUCUCCAAGCUGAAGCCUCAGCGGGUGAAGGCCAUCUACAACUGUUCAGCUGAUAAUCCAGACGAGCUGACGUUCUGUGAGGGGGAGGUGAUCAUCGUGGAGUCAGAGGAGGACAGCGAGUGGUGGGUCGGUCAUGUUGAAGGAGACCCGACCAGGCGAGGAGCGUUUCCUGUCACCUUCGUUCACUUCAUCACAGAGUGACGUCACACCUUCGCACUGCUCACCUGGAGCGGACACAUUAAGGACUCAAAGUGAUGCUCUGUCCUCUGGAUCGACCUUAGACCUGGACCUGGACCUGGACCUAGACCUGGACCUGGACCUGGACCUGGACCGCAACACAAAGCCAACUGAAACACUGAAGCUACUUGUUUUUGGUUCAAGCUUCCAGAUGUUGUAAAUAUUCAACCCUGCAGGACUCACCUGUGACUCCUCUGUGCCUUGUUCAAACUCACAGAACUUUAUUUUAUAUUGUAGUUAGAUUACAAAGUUUUCCAAAAGAUCCUGAAUGUGUCAGGCUGAACAUUUUUUAAGAUGAUUUUGAUGAUUAUUUAGUCUUUCUUGUUUUAUCCCCUUAGAUCUGAUGAAAGGAAAUCUUAUGGUGUGUUCACAUCGAGAGCGAAGCAACCUUUUCGCGCGGCGCGGUUACAAACAAAGUCAAUGCAAAGAGAUAAUGUGACGCAAAUUCGCACCGGGCCACGCGAACAGGUGAAAUUUGCGUCAUUCCCGUAUUCGCGGAAGUUUAAAUAUUUCAACUCGAGUGAGAAAUUUGUGUGACGCUGUGUUGUGAGAGCCUAUCAGUGAUGAGAUUCUCCUCCUGUCGUCGCUGACGUCCUGACGUUGUUGAAUCAGAAAUGGAGGAAAUAAAUAAAUCUUGUAUGUGUCUGUGGUCACCCAGAGCUACGAUAGUACAUCACAUCUGUACAGAGAC